AUGUACUUCCACUAUACCCUGGGUGCCCAUUUCUCCCCCAUCCUUCAGUAUUCCCACCCAACGCUGCACAUCUCCUACCUUCAAACAGGCAAUCCCACCCACAGCACGUUCCUUCACCACAUCUGGAACACCGACGAUUUCAUCCAACGGAAGGCAACACCGGCAUCGACACGCCCGAGAAGGCCGCUGAGUUAUCGCAACCCAGAUGCUGGUGUCCUUGGAGCCCUAUCCGGAGGCAUCGCUAGCCGAGAGCAAGAUGAUCAGCAUUGUCUCACUGAUGAAAGGCGAGCCGCCCAAUGCAUACACCAGCCAGCCGUGGGAUAUACCAGUGGCCAAGGAUAUGCCACCGAGGCAACGAUCGGGUUGAUCGACUAUGCUCGGCGCCAGCUGGGUGUAGAGGGGGUCCUUGGGUUUUGUUCCAGAAGAGACAUGCGCAGUCGUCGUGUUUUGGAGAAAAUCGGGCUGGAGUUUCGAGGAGAGAGAAAGUUGAAGCUAUUCGGAGGGGCACAGAACGCCGUGUAUGCGCUUCCAGGGAUGCAUCCCGACUUGACAGUGUAUGGGAUGGAUGACUAG